CUUUCACUGCUAUUCAAAUUGAUUUCAAUAUAAUUAUUAUUACUAGUAUUUGAGUUUUAAUCUAUAAAACCCUAAAAGGGGUAUGGAAAAUUUGUCUUAUAUAUGCGGUGGUCUCGGCAUAAUCGAAGAAGACGAUGACGGCAAUCCCAUCGGAUACACCACCGGAGAAUACUGUUCAGAUAAUUUGAAGGAUUUGUUGCGGUUUUUAAGGCGAGACGAUCCGGAAGGUCGACAAGUGUUUAAACAAGUUUGUAAAUGGAGUAUAGUUGGGAAAGAUAUUUUGCCUAUUAUUCAGUAUUGUCAACAUGACAAUCCUUUGGUUCUAAAUGCAGUGAAGGUUUUGGUGUUUCUUACGAUGCCAGUUGAGCCAACGUCUAAAGAUAUACCACAACAGAUUGAAUAUCUUUGGGGUUUGAAGUCUUUGAUCACUUCCAGUCAUGCUAUUCCUGUGAUAGUUACCCUUCUUGAGAGCCCACUUGAGCAUUUGGAAGGGGAUUUGUUCACGGAGGAUGACUGGAAGUUGGUGCAACUGGUAAUUACUUUAUUUCGCAAUAUUUUAGCUGUUCAAGAUAUCACAAUGCAGCAAAGAGUUGCUGGAUCAGCCUCUGAGUUCAUACUUCUUAGAGAUAGAUUCUUAAAACUGUUGUUUGAUGAGAAUGUGAUGGAUUUGAUCUUAGUCUUGACACAACAUGUUGGGGGUGCAAGUAGCAUUUUCCGUCAGGAUAACUUGCUUUUAUUGGAGACUUAUUAUUACAUAUAUAAGGGUCAAGUUCCUGAGUUGAUUGCAAGAGCUCAUCUAGAUGCCAACAAAAAGGUGGAGGCGGAAGCAGACGCUACUGCUAUUGAUCUCAAGUCUCUUAUGGAAGAGGAAAAAGCAAAAAGAAGGCAAACAAUACUAUGUAAUCUGGGUUCUCGAUCAACCUUCAGCGGAUCUUUUACCCGAGUUACUAUGGAUGGCUCCAAAGUUCUGGUGAAAGGUAAUCCUUGUGCAGAUUCUCAUGAAUUGUUAAAAGGUCAUAAGAAUCCACAUGGUUCAUCCAAAAAGAUGCUAUGGGAGAGCGGAAGAAUGCCAACAACAAACAAUGACAUCCUUCGUCUGCUCCAUGAUUUUACUAAUCAGUUCUUGUUAGGAGGUUAUAAUAUUUUAAUGCAGUCAAUCCGUGAGGAUAUAGAAAAAGAACACCAUGCUAUCGAAAAUAAUGAUGUCACUACUUUCUUUCAAGUCGCUGAAUUUGUUAUGUCUUUCCAGAAUCACAAGUUACUUGGCUCAAACCCUAAAGCUAAUGUCAGUAUAACUGAGUCUUCUAGAGAUUGUGAUGCUGAUAGCACAUUGUUUAAAGGCAGCAUAUGCGGAUCAAUUUCUGAAACAAUGAAUGAGUCAAUGUUUCUACUUGUUGUAUCGAAGUGGCGUACUGCAUUUGAUGGUUUGAAGGAAACGAACAACUACACAUUUCUCUCUGCAGCAGGAUCUCUCAUAAAAACAAUGAUAAAUAUGUUAGAUUUGGUGCUGAAGCUGUCACCUGAAGAGUCAAAUGAGCCUCAGACUGCCCGUGUUCUUCUUUACAAAUUAUUUUAUGAUCAAACAGACCAAGGGAUGACCUAUUUUUUGUUCAGUCUGAUCAAGGCAUUUAAUCCACACAAACAACCAAAAAGUGAUCUUUCUGAUUUGGUUGAGACAAUUCAUAUAGUAAUACGGCUAAUGGAGAACCUUCAAUCACGUGGUACGUUGCGGGUUGCUAAGAAGUCAAGGAAGAAAAGAAAGAAGAAAGCCUCAGCCCCAAAUAAUGAUGCUAAUAGGGAAGACCAAGCUACUGCUCAGAACAACGCUGCUAAUGGGGUGGACCAAGUUACUCAUCAGAACAAUGCUAAUGAUACAGACCAGGUUAUUGAUCAGAAUGAGGAUUUAACUGUUAGGGGAGAAAAAGACGAGAAUAUGAGCAUACUAGAAAAAGAGUUGCCACAAGGUUCAAGUGUUGAUAAAAAUGAUGAUGACAUAUCUCCAGGAGAGUCUGAUCAGGCUGGUGCAACUAAACAGGAAACAGAAGAUAUUGAACCCGAUUUGCCACAGACAGAAAACAAGUCUAAAUGUGCUAACCCUAAGGCUAACGAUGAUUAUUUCUCAGAUGUUUCAUCUUCUGAUGAACAGCAAGAUGCAACAAAUGAAGUUGACUUUAAAGCCUCUUCAUUGGUGUCUUCCCUUGCAAAUGGCACCAUAAUCCAAAACUUGUGUUGGCUGCUGAAAUUUUACAAAAGCAAUUCUAUUAGAACUAAUCAUUACAUUAUAUGUGCACUGAGAAGAAUUUGUGAAGAUCUGGAACUCUCUCCAAUGCUAUACCAGCUAUCGCUUCUCAUCAUAUUUAAUACUAUCUUGGAAGAGCAGAAGUUAUGUUCAAGCAAAGAAUACGAGAAUAUCGUCUCAUUUCUUACAUGUCUGGUUAGGAGAAUGCUGAGGAAAAUGAAGAGUGAUCCUCUUUUAUUUGUGGAAGUUCUCUUUUGGAAGACACGUAAAGAAUGUCAUUACAUUAAUUGUGAAUCAAUGCUACAAGAUCUUGGCAAAAUGAGAAACGAUUAUAGAAAGAGGGGAGAUGAUCCCUCACAUGAAGAUCUUGGUGAAACUGCUACCUCUGGUAGAAAUGGAUGGGUUAGAAAAAGCUUAGCCGAUGCACUUGGUGAUGAUGAAGCUGAUGUUGUUGUACCUCUUUGGGGAGAUGGUGACCAGAGCGAGGAAAAUCCUGAUGAAGCCCAAGUGCAAAAGACCUCAAAAAGAACCAAGUCGAAUUUUGGAGAAGGGAGAGAAAGCAUGAUCCAACAAACCGACCCAGCGGAAGAACUUAAUAAAGAACAUCCUAUAGAGCAGAAACAAGGUAGAGCACGUAAAAGAUUGAAGCCACUUGUUCUUGAUGAUGCACUAGUAGAAAAACUGAAGGAUCUUUUCGAGAAGUAUAAAGAAUUUCCGGAUUGCAGUCAACGUAUAGUAGCAGAACUUAAUUUAGAGGUUUUACCAGCUCAGAUUUCCAAGAAGCUUAAAGAGAUGGGAUUGAAAGUUUCAUCAAAGAGGAGAACAGGUGAUAUGAAUGUCUCUAGUAUUCAUGGUAACGCCAUGGAUACAUCACCACAGCAACCUAUGUUUGUCAGAAAAAGGGUACGUGCAUUCAGUGAAGAUCAAGAGAUGAAGAUCAAAACUUUAUUUGAGCAGUUUAAAGGUCAAAAGAAAUGCAAUCAAAUGAUUGCAAGUGCACUAGAUGGUGAGGGCACAUUCACAGCAGCACAAAUUUCGCGGAAGCUUAGGCAGCUUGGCUUGCGACUCCGUAAGCAGAAGUCAAGUGAUGACUUGCAUCUGAGGGAUGAAGACGGUGAAGAAGAUACAACAGUUUCAGAUGGAGAAACACUAUCAUCACUUAAGAAAAGGAGCAAAACAAAGCAAAACGUGUUCCCUACUGAGGAAAUAGCAGACCAGAACAGCGAUAAACUAUCAGAUGAUUCUGACAACAUUGCACUCAGCUCAUUUAGAAAUAAAAGUAAAAGGUUUGCACAAACAAAUCACACCAAUAAUGUAAUAGAUGCUGAAGUUAAUCAAGUUGGCAGUGGGCCACAAGGGGAUGCCAUGAUUAUUGAAUCUUUUAGGAGCAAAACAACGCAAAAAUUGGUCCUUACCGAGGAAAUACCAGACCAAAACAGUGAUAAACUAUCAGAUGAUUCUGAUAACAUUGUACUCAGCUCGGCAUUUAGAACGAAAAGUAAAAGGCUUUCACAAACAAAUCACACUAACAAUGUAAUAGAUGCCGAAGUUAAUCAAGUUGGCAGUGGACCACAGGGGGACGCCAUGAUUAUUGAAAAUGAGGAUUAUCUGGAAGAUCACGGACUUACUGACGAUUUGGCUGAUGAACUAACUGAUUUUGGGAGCAAUGCAAGUCCAGUUACAGCUCCAAAUGUUAGUGGUCCAAGAAGAAAACUGAGAAUGGUCAUAGAUGCAGAUGAUGAAGACUAAAGAGAUGACUGUAACUAUUGUUAGUAAAGUAUAUAAAGAUAUGAUAGAUUGAAGAUUAAUACUAUCAGGCAAUUUUAAGUGACGUUCUAAUUUCCAAUUUUCUAACUACUUUGGAUAUAUUCCGUAAAUGGCCAUGUUCGUGUUCAUGUCAGCAUCUCUAUGGGAAGUAGAUGUUUUAUUUUUUGGAGCAA